AAAUAAAGCCGAGACGACGGUGGUGGCGGCGGUGAGCGCGCUGGAGACCGCGCGGCGAACAUGCGGCGGGGAUGGGAGUGCGCCUAGCUUCGAGGUGGGAAAGCCAGCUGCCCUGCCACCCGCCGCGGGACCGGUUGCUACAGAACCCGAGCCCUGUUGUGGAGCUCCUGGCGGCCCGGCUCCGAGGCGCUGCGGCCGCGCCAAGCGUCCCUAUCAACCCGCACCAUGAACACUAUCGUCUUCAACAAGCUCAGCGGCACGGUGCUUUUUGAGGAUCGAGGAGCUCCAGAGCGGGAGCGGGGCGGUCGGCCCUAUGGCGGUGUCCUGGACAGUCCACACGCCGGUCCGGAGGUGGGCAUUCCCGACGGCCCGCCCCUCAAGGACAACCUCGGCCUGAGACACCGAAGGACCGGGGCCCGGCAGAAUGGCGGAAAGGUGAGGCACAAGCGACAAGCCCUGCAAGACAUGGCGAGGCCCCUCAAGCAGUGGCUUUACAAGCACCGUGACAAUCCGUAUCCCACCAAGACCGAGAAGAUUCUCCUGGCUCUCGGCUCACAGAUGACGCUAGUGCAGGUGUCAAAUUGGUUUGCCAAUGCAAGACGUCGGCUUAAGAAUACUGUGCGUCAGCCAGAUUUAAGCUGGGCCCUAAGAAUAAAGUUAUACAACAAGUAUGUACAAGGAAAUGCUGAGCGGCUCAGUGUAAGCAGUGAUGACUCCUGUUCUGAAGAUGGAGAAAAUCCUCCAAGAAACCACAUGAAUGAAGGGGGCUAUAGCACUCCAGCUCAUCAUCCUGUGAUUAAGAGUGAGAGCGCAGUGAUAAAAGCUGGAGUGAGGCCAGAGUCACGGGCCAGUGAGGACUACGUGUCACCCCCCAAAUAUAAGAGCAGCUUGUUGAACCGUUACCUUAAUGACUCUUUGAGACACGUCAUGGCCACGAACACUGCCAUGAUGGGAAAAACAAGGCAAAGAAACCAUUCAGGAUCUUUUAGCUCCAAUGAAUUUGAGGAAGAAUUGGUGUCUCCGUCAUCAUCAGAAACCGAAGGCACCUUUGUCUAUCGCACAGACACUCUGGAAAACGGAUCCAGUAAGGGUGACAGUGCAGCUAACAGAAAGGGACCGAACAAGGAUGACACGUACUGGAAGGAGAUCAACGCAGCUAUGGCCUUAACCAAUCUUGCGCAGGGAAAAGACAAGCUGCAGGGAACCACAAGCUGCAUCAUUCAGAAGUCUUCCCAUAUAGCAGAAGUAAAGACAGUCAAAGUGCCCCUGGCACAGCAGUUUUAAGAGCUUGUCCAGUGGAUGUUCUUCUUGUCAGCGUUUUGCCUAAAUCCUCAUCCAGAGAGCCGGAGCAGGAGUGACCAUGACUCCCUUUCAAGCCUCCUCUUAUUUUUAAUUAUCCUAAAUAUACCAUUUAGUUGCUUCUAUAAAAGACCUAUAAAUUAUAAAGAACUCAUUUUAAUCAAAACUAUUAACUUAUUUUAUGCUACUUAAACUAUGCAUAAAAUGUCUGCAUUACCAUUACAGUAAGUGCCUUGCUUACCGAAAAUAAGCUACAACGUGGGCAUAGUGGGACCGCUAUGCCUCAAAAUGCCAACGCCACAUGCUUAUGAGUCUGCGUGCAUCAUUCCAGACAGACCUAACCAUUUCAGGACUGAAACCAGAAUUGCUAAAAGCCCUUGAAAUAUAUUCAGUAGUUCACAUGUUAAAACUUGGAAAUCUGUUCAGCCCCGAUGAAAUGCUCCUUUAAAAAAAAAAAAAAAAAUGUCUGCAGUGUUGAAACUUGUUCAGUGAGCUUUUCGGAAUGACAGUGAGGAUUUUAUGCAUGUAUUUUGCUUGCAUAUCUGAUAUGUUCCAACCUUCCAAAAUGAAAGGUGUGGUGAUCCACGUAAUGUAUACAUUUAAGAAGUGAUUCCUUCAAACUCAUUUAAAAUUUCAGUGAAUACAUGUGAUCAGAAAAACAUUUUUCAAGUGCUGCUAGAAAGUACUACAAUGCCCCAUAGAAAUCAUUUGUAUUUUGUUUUCCCAAAGUUUAAAAAAACCUUUAUUUUAUAAAUAACUGAAAUUUUUCCUGUGCAAAACUAAACCUAUAGUUUAGUUUAAAAACAUAACCCUGUUUGCAUUAGAAUUCAGUGCUUUUGUGUGAUGGAAACUGUUUUUCGUAUGGAAUGACUAAAAGCUUUUUAUAUGGUUCAUAUCAAAUGACAAUUGAUGAUGGUCAAUUUGUAUUGCAAUGAGAACAAGACAAUGAAGGAAGUGGGUCUCCAUAUACACACACAAAACUUAUUUUUAGAUUUAAAACAUGGAAAAUAAAACAUUGAACCAUCUCUGGAUUUUUUGCCAACUAGCACAGUCAAGUAAAAGUUACCUGAAAUCAUGCAUUAAAAGAAAGAACAUUUUGUUUCUAAAUUAGACUACCAUUGAGUGAGAAUAAUCAAUAUCAAGAGAGAGUAUCUUUUUCAAUCAAACAAUAAUAUUUUAAUCAGCUUGGGAAGACGUGAAACUUAAACAGUGGAGACGCCAAGUAUAAUACAGUGUAUGUGCAACAGAGAAGUCAAAAGGAUUGGACUGUUUUAUGGUGAGGUUUUUUUUUUUCUGGGUAUGUAAUCUGUUUUGUAAUUUUUUUUUUAACUGGAAAGCAUUUUUGUGAGUGUGAAUGAGUGCCAAUAAUGCAGCCAUGUGGUUAUAUUUUUCUUUAUUUUGCAAAUGCUUUUAAAACUAAAGGCUGCUCUGGUUGAUUUAUAGACAGUAUCAGUCUUGAUAUAAAUUGUAGGACACUUUUUCAUGUAACAUAGCAUUUGGGGAUUGGGUUUAUUUAGUGUAAUGAAGAUAAUUUGAUAUAAAAAUAUUUUGUAUAUAUAUAUUUUUACUUUGUUUUUUAAAAUUGCGGUUUGCAGUAACAGUAAGUGCAAAGCAAGAUAUGUAAGUUAUGACUGUAUGAUCAGAUGAAGUACAAGUUCUUUUGGUUUACAUCCUUAACUAGUUAGAGAUCCAUGAUGAAAACUUUGGAAUUGUCACAAAAUAGUUUUGCCAAAAUGUGACCAUGUCAAUGAAAACUAAGGACAAAUACUUCACUCUUUUUCAUACUAUUAUAAGUUAUUCUGGCAUUAAAUAUUUUAAUAAAAGUGUUUUUGUUUUAACAUAUUUCACUUAGAGGAAUGAAUGCUUGGUUGUAUUUCAUUUGAAUUAAUUAUGAUAAAUUUUUGCCAUCUUUUUAAAGUAUAUGAGCAAAUUUAUUCUGUGUUAUAGAUGACAAGCCAAUAUACAAUAGCUAUUCACAUGAUUUCUUUAUAAAGUACUAAAGUUUGGAGUCUGAUCUGUAAACACGUCAAAAAGAUUUUAUAAUUAGUACUUCUUUGGCAAUAUCUCCCAUUGUAAUUACUUUUAAUUUAUUUUUUUUUCUUUUGCUGCUUUGACAUUUUUUGGAAAUUAAAGUCCCCCAGUCCUUUAAAAGAACCUUGAACUAUGCUGAGCCAGCAGUUGAGAAUCUAACUCAUAAAUUAUAUUGUAGAGAAAUAGAAUUACCUCUCUUCUUUAUUUUGCCAUAUUGUAAUCAUUUUAAUAAAAUUAAUAACUGCAGGAGUUCUUGACAGAUUUAAAAUAAAAGUUAAUUUCUAGACCUC